AUGGCCAAAGAACAAGAAUUACACACAGGUCUACCAGGAUGGGAAGCCCAACUCGAUACUUCAGUCCAGAUGCAACCCCGCUCCGAGUGGAAUUAUGCCUUUGGUCCUCCAUUUCUUGCCAUGAAUGAGAGGGUCAAUGCUUCAACUUCCUCGGAAACCUGGUAUCCUGCUCAAGUGAUGUCGGUCAAAUCAAUGAUGUUACCGGUUCUUGAGCCCUGGAAACUGACGGAACGCCCCAUACCCACACUUCCUGAAAUAUUAAUGGAGAUGCACAGUGCCGUGCGUAUGGAAGGAUGCAUUGAUAAAUACAGGUGGAACGAAUUCGUGAAAGGCGUAGCUCUCUCAAUACCAGCUCGACAGACAGUGGUUGUUGAGCUGGACUCCCUCGAACUCACGACAGGAUUUCUACGCCUCGAGUUUGAGUCCUUGUCAACAGUUGAAAUCAGACUCAUGUGCUCCGAGAGCUACGAGACACCCAUGGCCAGAAGUGGCCCAGGUUCCAAGAGGCAAAAGAACGACCGGACAGACCAUAUUGAUGGAAAACUUUAUGGUCCUAGUGAUUUUUAUAUUUCCAAGCCAGGAAAUAAUGUUUUCGAGCCAUUUUGGUUCAGAGCAUUCCGUUACAUUCAAUUGGAAAUCUCGACUAGCAGUGCGCCGGCUACAUUUCAUUCAUUUCGAUACCGUAUGACGCGAUACCCAUUGAAGGUCGAAACAACCAUCAAAGCCUCGUCCGAGUUGGAAAAUAUGUGGCAAAUCAGUCUGAACACGCUAAAGAACUGUAUGCAUGAAACUUAUGAGGACUGUCCGUUCUACGAGCAAAAUCAGUUCAUCAUGGAUUCAAGGUUGCAGAUGUUGUUCACGUAUCAGAUAUCAACAGACGACCGUCUUGCUCGGAAGACCAUGCAAGAGUUUUACGCGAGUCGAAGAGACGAUGGCCUCUUGGAGGCUCAAUUCCCUAGUCCUGGCAGAUGCGUCAACAUUCCACAAUUCUCCUUAUUUUGGAUCUUGAUGGUCCACGACCACAUGAUGUACUUUGGAGAUCAGCGGUUAGUCAAACAAUACCUUGGAACUAUCGAUGGCAUCCUCGAUCACUUUGAUGCUCGACUCAACUCUCUUUCUCUCGUGGGCCUCUUCGACGAAGAAAUGUGGCCAUUUGUGGAUUGGGUGACAGAAUGGCAUGGCUCAACAGGGCUGCACAGUAUGGGAAUUCCUAAAGCGUAUUGGAAUGGAGCCGCAACCUACAACAGUCUUUUAUAUGCUUUUGUCCUGCAGCAUGCCGCUGAUCUAUGUGAUUUCGUGCAUCGCCCAGACACCGCAAGCGAGUAUCGAAGAAGAGCCAUGUCGUUGAACGAGGCUGUAAAUGCUCAUUGCUAUGAUGGAGAGCUGUACUUGGACGGACCAAAUUCCCAAGACCGAUCUCAGCAUCCACAAGUCUUUGCUGUUCUCUCAGGAGCGAUCCAAGGAGAGGCCGCUGCUGAAUUGAUGAGACGUACUAUUAUCGAUAAUAGCUUACCGAAGUGUUCAUACGCAUUGUCGUUCUAUCUUCUGAGAGCCGCUUCUCAAGCAGGUGUUUAUGAAGAGCUAUUCAUAUAUCUUGUUGCACCCUGGAAGAAGAUGAUGAAUCAAAAUCUGACCACUUGGGCUGAGGAUGAUGUAAUGUUCAGGAGCGAUUGCCAUGGGUGGAGUGCCAGUCCUAUCAAUGAGAUCGUUUCUAAGAUCUUCGGCAUCUCACCUGCUUCUGCAGCUUAUGCGUGCUUGAAGAUUGAACCUUCCAUUUCUCUGCUUCCACCACAAGCAGAGGGCAACUUUGUGACAAGAAACGGCGAAGUAUCACUGUCCUGGGAUGAAACUAUUGGAUUGCAAGUGGUAUCAGAUCAUGAAGUUCAAGUGCAAGCUGUGAUCAAGGGAGUAAAUCAUGUCUAUUUUCUCAAGACAGGGGAUGCAACGACGAUAUAUAGUCCCAUCGCUUGGACAGAAAGGCGUGGCCAGGAAGGUGCAAUGACCAUGGCUGAAAAGUCUUCUCAUCAGGUGAUGGAAGUGAUGGGCGUAACGUGUUAA